UCCCAGCUUCCGGGGUAAACGGAAAACAUCAGAAUUGGAGGAGAAGGAGAAAGAAGUGUGCAGGACGCUAAUAAGUCAGUUUUAUUUGUUAUCCAGUUUGAAAUAUACAUCUGUGAUUCAUUAUUUAAGGAUAAAGUGGUCUCGAUGCGCUAGAAACACUGUGCCGCUUCUCGUGCUAUCUUUGCUUGUUAGUUAGCUUAGCUGGCUAGUUAGCUUAGCUUGUUAGCUGCUAACAGAAGACACAGAAGUUAUCAACACAUCGCUAAGUAGAGAUCAAGUGUGAGAGUAAAGUGUUGUGAUUGUGUGAAAAUGUGCGAAAGAAGGAUAGCAAAGUAUGAGCAGGAACUUUGUCCAACAAAAGAGGAGAAGGAGCGACAACAUCAACUACUGGACGCUGUUUUCAAGAAACAUCAAGUUGUGUUACACAGAACAGACCUCGAUGAAGAACAUCUUCCUGGUGAGCAGGAGGUGGAACCACAGUCCCCCCAUAUACACGAGGAAGAAGAGGUACCACAUUCCCAACACAUCAAAGAGGGAGUAGAGGAGCCACAGACCCAUAGUGUUAAACUGACCCUUCACAUUAAAGGGCAAGCGGAGGACCCACUGAUCUUACACAUCAAAAAGGAAAAGGAGGGCCAACUGACCCCUCACUUUAAGGAGCAAGAGAACCUGCUGACCCCUCACAUUAAAAAGGAAGAGAUGGACCCACAGACCCCCUACUUUAAAGAGGAAGAGGAGGACCCACUCACCCCCUACUUUAAAGAGGAAGAGGAGGACCAAGAGGCGCCGCACAUUAAAGAGGAAGAGGAGGAAGAGGGCAUCAGUCAGCCUAAAUGGUUGGAGGAGUUCCCAGUGACUGGUGUCCCUGUGAAGAGUGAAGAUGAUGAGGUGAAAGGUGAAAGUGAGGAGAGGGGAGGGGGGGAGCCUCCAAGCAGCAGCUCAACACAACACAUGACAACAGAAGCUGAUGGAGACCACUGUGGAGGAUCACAAGCAGACAAGCUCUUAGCUCCACUAUCAGAUAGUGAGGACACAACGUCACACUCUCCUGACACUGAUGAUGAAGACUCUAAAGAUGAUAAGACAUGUCACACUGACAACACUCACUUCACAUCUUCUCUCUGUCACAAAACAUUUAAAUACCAAAGUCGUCUGAAAAGACACAUGAGAACACACACUGGAGAAAAACCUUUUUCUUGUUCACUCUGUAGUAAAGGUUUUACACAAAGUAUCAAUUUGAAAGUACACAUGAGAACACACACUGGUGAAAAACGUUUUUCCUGUUCAACCUGUGGUAAACGUUUUACACAAAGUCAGAGUUUAAAAAGACAUAUUAGAACACACACUAGAGAAAAACCUUUUUCUUGUUCACUCUGUAGUAAAGGUUUUACACAAAGUAUCAAUUUGAAGGUACACAUGAGAACACACACCGGUGAAAAACCUUUUUCCUGUUCAACCUGUGGUAAAGGUUUUAGAGAAAGUCAACAUUUGAAAAGACACAUGAGAACACACACUGGUGAAAAACCUUUUUCCUGUUCUACCUGUGGUAAAGGUUUUGUUGAAAGUCAGAGUUUGAAAGUACACAUGAGAACACACAACGGUGAAAAACCUUUUUCUUGUUCAAUCUGUGGUAAAGGUUUUGCACAAAAUCAGAGUUUGAAAAGACACAUGAGAACACACACUGGAGAAAAACUCUUUCCUGUUCAAUCUGCGGUAAAGGUUUUGUAGAAAGUCACAAUUUGAAAGUAUACAUGAGAACACACACCGGAGAAAAACCUUAUGUCUGUUCAAUCUCUGGUACAUGUUUUGUACAAAUAAUCAAUUUGAAAGUACACAUGAGAAGACACACUGGUGAAACACCUUUUAUCUGUUCAACCUGUGGUAAAGGUUUUACAGAAAGUCCGAGUUUGAAAGUACACAUGAGAACACACACUGGUGAAAAUUUUUUUUCUUGCUCAGAAUGUGGUAAAGAUUUUGUUCAAAGUAAACAUUUCAAAGUACACAUGAGAACACACACCGGUGAAAAACCUUUUUCUUGCUCAGAAUGUGGUAAAGGUUUUGUACAAAGUCCCCUUUUAAAAGUACACAUGAGAACACACACUGGUGAAAAACCUUUUGUCUGUUCAAUCUGUGGUAAAGAUUUUACAGAAAGUCGAUGGUUGAAAGUACACAUGAGAACACACACUGGUGAAAAACCGUUUUCCUGUUCAAUCUGUGGUAAAGGUUUUACUGCAAGUCAGAAUAUGAAAAGACACAUGAGAACACACACUGGUGAAAAAUCACAUUCCUGUUCAAUCUGCAACAGAAGCUUUGGUGACCGAUCAACCCUUGUAAGACACAUGAGAAGACACCCAGGAGAGAAAGUGUUGAGUUGCAGUGUGUGUGGUGAAAGAUUGUCUUCUAAGUACCAGUGUAAGAAACACAAGUGUGCUGGUGAGAACAGCAGCAGCAAAUGAAACUGCAGGAUUUGAAAUAAACUGUCCAGACUUUCAUUUUGACUUUCUAACAACAUCAGCACAUAUAACAUGUGUGACAUUGUUGUUUGUCUAACAAUCUGUUUAAUAUGCUUCUACAUUUAUAGAUUGGAUAUUUUAUAUUUGUGCUUUUUUCAGUCAAGCAACAUUGUGUACUUUUAUUAAAAAAUGGACAGAACAAUUUGAGUAAACAGUACAAUACACAUUUUACAUGCAAUAAACAUUUUGUGUGUAUGUAUACACACACACACACACACACACACACAUAUAUAUAUAUAUAUAUAUAUAUAUAUCCUGUAUAUUCAUCAUACAAUUUUAGACUUAAUUAUAUGAAAUAUUGUAUUUGUAAUUGUUAAUAAUCCCAUAGAUUAUCACCUUUAUAUGAUAUACAUAUGUACUGGUUCACAUCUGAAACAUCUUCUGGACCACUUCAGGAAGCAUAUUAUUAUUUACUUUAUACAUCAUUUAAACAGUUGUCUUUUAUACAAUUUUAAAAUGUCUGACCUUAUGACUCAUUUGUUGGGUCUCUUUAAUCUAUUUUAUUCAUUAUCGUCAUUACUCUGUAAUAUGAUGAUUGUGUUGUGAUUGUUUUAUAUGUAUGUCCCCAGACCUUUAUGCAGUAUAAAAGUGAGAGAAAAUGGCAGAUUUUUUAUUUUAUUUUUUUUUGUGAAAGGAUGGUUUUGUUUUUACUAACCUACAUUUGUGUAUUAUAUAUAUUGUGUUUUAAACAUUUUUUUAAUAUUAUUUUUUUCUUUUAUAACAUCCCCAAAACAACAUCAAUAUCAGUCAAAGUUUGGAGUGUCAGACAAAAGCCAAUAUUGUACAUCAUCCCACAGAGAUUUACUUUGCAUACAUUCUUAAAAUAAACUGUUUAUUGUGUUUUCCUAUCACAGAUCGAACAAGUGUUGUCUUCAAUUGCAAAACAACAUCCAAAAUAUUACUUUAAGUGGUCAAUUCCGACUUUUUUUCUUUCAUUAACUCUUUUGCCUUAGAAAGAAUGGAAACUUUUAAGUUAUGAGUAUUUUUCUUGUUCCAGGUUGUACU